AUGAGUACCCUAGUUCAAUUGCUUGCUACGUACUACAAGGCAGUGCUUGAGAGCGAGAGGAUCUAUUACGAGAAUGUGAACAUAUACGCUUCUCCCUCGACAGGCACAAAUUCAUCAGGUUCCGAUUCAUCUUCGAGGGUCGUAGAAGAAAUGUUUCUGCUUCAACGCCAGGUUAGCCAAUUGACAGCUGAGAUCCAGUCGUUGCGCAGGGAGAACGAUGACUUGAAGAGUCUUCAAGCGACUCACAAGGCGUUGAUGGAAUCUAAGCUCAAUAACUCCAAAAAGAUUAUCGAGAAAUUAAAGAGGGAGCAGCGCAACGACCAGGCUGCAGCAUCUAACGAAUCAGCUACUACACCUCCGCCAGCAAAGCUCAGGAAGAAACAAGCGCCUUUUCAUCUUUUGUCGCCUAUGAAUUCAAGAAAACUUGAUGGGCGGACACAGAACAAUGCCAAUGAAGCAACAUCCCAGCCUACUCGGUUGCGUUACGUUCUGAAGGGCGGCCAUCAGACUCUCUUCGACGGAGAUCAAACCAUGGAAAAUCUAAGUGCUGAUCGCAGUGAGGAAGCGAUAUUCGUUAAUUCGCUAAAGCAUAAGGAUGAGUUGGCUAACAUAGUCUUACCAUCUGAUGCUCUAUCGGACAAUGACGGGACACAGGCGCCUGGCAAGCUGAAGAAAUCGCAGCCAGCACUUGGUGGUGUGGAUGUUUCAAAGAGAAAACGAAAACUCAUCCGUAAACGCAUUCAAACAGCGAAUUCUGAUAAUGAUGACUGA